AUGGAUUUGAAGACUGCAAAGAAUUCUAAGAACUUAUUCACGUCUGAUAAAAAUAUUAAUACGUCAAAGAAGGAAAAAACUGAUUCUACUCGAAAUCAUUCUAAUGUAAAAAAUGAAAUGAAUUCAUCACGAAAAAAUAUUUCUACGAGAAAUGCAAACAAUCUUACAACAACUUCUACACGAUUUUUAGCUUCUUCAAACAAUGCAAAUCCAAUUAAAAAACCAGAAAUGAAAGCAACGUCAAAAUUAAAAUCCAAAAUAAUCGAAAAAAGAAUUCCAGAAGAAACAAUGGAAAAGAAGAAUCCUUCAAUUACAAUGUGUAAAAAAUCAUCAGAACUAACGAAUAAAAAAGAACAAAAAAAUAUUACAAAUUUAAAAUUGGAUGAAAAAAAAUCAGUAGUAAAAGUAGCUCUUUCUUCAGUUACAGUAACGAGAAGAAAUCAAGCUUCAAAGGAUAGAAUCUCACAAAAAGCUGAGGACAGAAUCUCAUCACAAAAGCGUAACAAUUGUAAUGAAAAAAAACAAGUGGUGCUGGGUACUGCAAAUCCGAAAUCAUUUUUUGCUACAACGAGGUUGAUCCAAAAUAAACCUCAAGAAAUGCACAAUUCGAUUGAAUUCCAACCUAAUACUGAGGUUAAGGAUGAUUUUGAUAAGUUAGAAUCAGAAGAAAAUAAGCUGGAAUCAGAAGUAUUGAAAGAUUGUGUGGGAGAGAAGCAAGAAAUGAAACCUGAAAUGAUAGAAAUGCAAAGGAUUGGAAUGAAACCAAUGGUUUGGAUUGAAACUUUGAUACCUGUUUAUGAGCACACUUGGAAUUUUUAUCAACCAGUCGAGAAAAAUAGAAGUAAAUUAAAAAUUGAGGAAGUAGAUGAAACAAAGUUAGUGACUAGCGAAUGUAAUAUGGAAAGUAUUAUUUCUUCAAGCAAUAAUGAAAACAAUUCUGUAGAAACCGUGCACGCAAUAAUUGAAACAGCAGCAGAAGCUGCGGUUGUAGAAUCCACCUCUCAAAUAUUGAAAGAUGGUGAACUUCUGUGUGUAGAAUCUACUUCUUCUCUAAAAGCGGUAAAUGAAGAUGAAAUAUUGAAACUUACUGCAAACCAAUAUGAAAGUAUACUACCUUCAUCAAAAACCAAUAAAUACCAAACUGAAGUAACAGAAACUCUGAAUUUGGAGAUGGCAAAAGUGGAGAAUUCUAAUUUAAGUUGCUCAGAAACUGUAUUUGGAGCUGAAAAUAUAAAAAUUGUUCAUUUAUCAAUUAGGCAGCAAGUUUUUGAGUUUGUUUCUUUAUCGAAUAAAAAUAAAGAGCUUAAUUCAGAAUUCGUUUCUUUGUCAUCUGGAAAAGCAGUACUCUCUGAAUCUGAUCAUAUAAUAACUCAAGAAGAAAUUGAACCUGUUACAUCAGUGAUUCAAGUGGAAGCCAAUACUUCACAGUUUAUUCCGGCUCAAGAAGAGCUUUCAGCUUCACAACCCAUUUCUUUCAAAGCGAAUAACACUUCAGAAUCUUUUACAUCACCCAUUCAAGAUGAAACCAAUGUUACAGAACUUGUUUCAAAAUCAGUCAAAGAUGAGUGCAUGUCUUCAGUAAUGAAAGAUAUCAAAAUUUCAAAAUUUAUACCUUUCGGAGCUGAAAAUCUUGUAGUUUUGGAAUCUGUUCCAUCUUUAAUUUUGGAAAAAGUUGAAACUGCAAGAUCUGCUGCAACAGCAGAAAUUGAGGUUUCCGAUUUUGCUUUAGAAACAGAUGAAAGAAAAUUUGUGCUCUUGGAAUCCAAGACUUCAGAAUCUCAAAUUCUAACGCCUCCAACAUCUGCAGACAACAAUAUUUCAAAACUCGUACCAUCGACAAUGAAGGAAAUGAUCAAAGUAGGAGAAUCAGUUUCAGAAUCAGCUCAAGAAAAAUUUGUGCCUCCAACAGAACAAAAGACCAUAUUUCCAAAAUUGGUUCCUCCUGAUAUUGAAUAUGCAGCUGAAGUUCCAAAAUUAAUUUCAGAAACAAGCCAGGAAAAGUUUAUUCUAUCUAAAUCAACCCUUCCAUUAGCUAAGAAAACCAAGUUUUUGAAAUCUGUUUCGGUUCCAGUACUUGAUGGAGUCCUACUUCGAUUAUCAGCCAAAAAUGAAGCUAAAAUUCCAAGAUCUGCUCCAGCAUCAGUUCAAAGCAAACACAUGCUUCAUGAGUUUCCUCCUUCAAUAGCCAAAGACACUGAAGUUCCUGAAUGCAUCACAAUCCAAAAGGAACUUGAUCAAGAAAAAUCUUUACUUUCAGUAUCUGAUUCUUCAGAAAGCAAAGAGACCAAGUUUUCAGAAUCUUCUCCAUUAUUUAUUCAGGAGAAAUGCAAAACUUCAGAAUCCUUUUCGAAACUACUUCAAAACGAAUUCACGCCCUCAGUAGCCAGAAAAACUGAAAUUUCAAGAUCUAUUUCAUUAUCAGAUCAAGAAGCUAUAGAAUCUAUCUUAAUAUCUAAUCCAGACGACUAUGUGCCUAUAGAUGAUACAAUACCACUAUUUCCGAAGAAAGCUGAAGUCUUCGAAUCUAAUUCAGUACCAUUUGAAGACCAAUCUAUGCUGUCAGAAUCCGCUCUUUUCAUGGAAACUCAAAUUUCUGAGCUUAUUCCAUCAAUGAUUAGGAGUCAAGUCAAAUCUCCAGAAUCUGCUUUUCCAUUGGCAGUAAAAGAAGCCAUUGAAGUUCCAGAUCUUGUCAUGACACAAAAAACAGAUGAUUCCUUGUUUGCAAAAUCCGUACUUCCAAUAACUAGAGAGACGGAGAUUCCAAAAUUGAUCCAAUCACAAGCUGAGCAUGAAGAAGAAUGGUUGGAAUCUGUUUUAGAACCUGCUGAAGACGAAUCCAAGCUUUCAAAAUUAGUAUCUGCAGUAACACAAGACGCAGAAAUUUCGAAACUGCUGCCACUAGCAAUUCAAAAUAAAGUCGAGGUUCUUGAAUCUGUCAGAACACAUGCUCAGGAUGAACCCACACUUUCAGAAUCCGCACCCUCCGUAACUGGAGAGGUUGAGGUUCAUGAAUUCAAUUUACCAACAAUUCAAAACAGUUCCGAAAUCACAGAUUUUGAUCUAACAUCAAUUCGGGACGAAUCUGGGUUUUCAAGGUCUGUUCCUUCAAUAAUGAGAGAGACUUGCGUUCCAGGUUUAGCUCUUCCACCACUUGAAGAUAAGGAUGUAUCGGUUCAGGAGGAAACUCUAAUUUGUGAAUCUGCCUUUCCACCAUCUCAAAUAUCACAACUAUUUGAUGAUAUGGAACUUGGCAAAUGGCCAUAUGAAACAGGCAAUUGGGAUGUUUCGGAUUCUAAUACUACUUACUUGGAAAAUUUAAAAUCCGAAGGAGGUUAUGAAGCUCAUUUAGAGUCCCUAAUUAUGGAAUCAGCGGUAACUGAGAAGCCUUACACUGAACAGAGCACUCAAGGAAGAGAAUCAAUAGAAACUGUGAAUACAUUUGCAGUCGAAACAGAAGCAAAGAAACGUCGUGGACGAGGACGUGGUCGUAGACGUGGUACUGGAGAAUUUCGUGGGAGGUAUCGACCAAGAAGUGGUCAACAGAUGGGAGGUUUAUAUUCAGACACACAAGAUUAUUGUGAUGGUGGUAAUUCACGCAGACAAUAUCAGACGUCAUCAUCACCAAAUUAUUAUAAUUAUCCUGAACAUGAACAUGAAGAAUGUCUCAAUCAACAGUUAUCAAAUAGUAGCAAUUAUUAUCCUUAUCGACAGUACCAGACAAGUGGAUAUCACAAUCAACAACGACAUCAUAACCAAGGUGGACCUAGCGAUGAAUCUAAUCAACGUUAUUCAGGUGAAGCACGAGGUAUGGAAUUAAAAAUGAUGUCAAAUCUCCGACGACGUUUGUUGAUUCAAAUUCUGAUAACAUUGUUGCUAAUUUCAACUGUUCACUUUUUCAGAUUUCUGUAUCGUAUUUAA